ACCGCGGCCGCCUCCCUAUGCCCAUUGGGCAGCGCGCCUGUCCGUCAGGCAGCUGAGGCGUUAGGGGGCGGUGGCGGCCAUUUUGGAGCAGAGCGCGCGGCUGGGCGGAGCGGAGGCAGCGCGGGGCGCGGAGGGAGCGCGGAGGACACCCCACACACACCUCGCUAUGGCAGCCACGCUCGGUACCGGCGCCCGCGCGGAGGAGACCGGGCAGGAGAAACAGGACAUGCAAGAGAAGGAAACCAUCACCCCUGAGAGAGCAGAAGAGGCAAAACUAAAGGCCAAAUACCCCAACCUAGGCCAGAAGCCUGGAGGCUCCGACUUCCUCAUGAAGAGACUGCAGAAAGGGCAAAAAUACUUCGAUUCUGGUGACUACAACAUGGCCAAGGCAAAGAUGAAGAACAAGCAGUUGCCAAGUGCAGGGCCAGACAAGAACCUGGUGACAGGAGACCACAUCCCCACGCCACAGGACCUCCCGCAGAGAAAAUCCUCGCUUGUAACCAGCAAGCUGGCAGGGUAGCCUGUGCUCACAAGCUGGGUUUUUUCCUAUUUCCUUUUUUUGUUUUGGCUAAAUGGAUUGAACUUCACUGUACCAUAGGGAUGGGAGCACCAGAAUCCACAUAGUUAUUUGAGUAUUUACAGCAAACACACGCUGAAACUGUGUUUCAGUGAGAGGCGAACAAGAGGUGUCUAGCCUGGGAUGCACAGGCAGAUUUGAUUGGGCCAUUCCUUUUAGCAAGUCAGUUUGCUGCCUUAAUUUUCAUGCUGUUUGAAACCAUCCUCGCUUGCAGAGCUACUGAAGCACUGCUUCCUUGCCUGGAGAGUCAAGCAGCCCCAGGAGAAGCAGGAAAGUGCUCAGAGGAGUUGCUUGCGGUUUGCUUGGCACCGGUAGGAGAGGAGAGCUCAGAGCUGUGGCAUGUGAAUGCUUUUCAGGUGUUGGGUGUCUGCAGGGGAAGAACUGGCUGGGCAAAAGGUGUGAUACAUAAUCUGGAAGUUUAAAUAGGUGUGCACGUUAGAGCUUCUAAGUGAAGAAAUUAGCUGAUAUGCAAAAUAUUACAUGGCUGUGUUGCUGGGCUGAGCUGCCUGGGAUCUGUCCCCUGCUUGCACAAAGCAGCUGAGCUCGCAGGAGGGGACGAUGCAUCUGAUGGUUGCAGGAGAGGGGCCAGGCAGUGUUUGAAACAGUCCUCGUGGCUUGGAGCUGUGAUGGGGCAUUUGCUGUUUUGGGGGUAUAGCCCCACCACAGCUGCAUCCAAGCGUAGGGCACAGUGUGAGGCUUGCAGCUGCCCCACAGGGUUUGUGGGCAGUUUCUGUCUCCCCGGUCAGUUCUGGCCAGUGAGGCUGGCUGCCUUGGCAAGGGUGAGAGAUGGCGCCUCUCCCGGCUGCUGGGUAGGCAGCAAAGGUGGUGAGCUGAAUCCCACCAGCAGCAGGGUGCUUGGCACACAGGAGAGUGGCCAAACAGGCAGGCAGACCCCUGUCUGGUUGCAUGCAGCCCCUGCCUGAUGCCCAGACUUUUGUGCUUGCAAAGCAGGGGCCAGCAGCAGCCCGUGAGACAUAUGUGAGCUGUUAGAGCUGAUCUCUGAAGGGAGAGAGGCAGGACUGGGAAUAACCACCCCGGAAGGGAAAAAAGCACCGGAGACAGAGAACACGGAGAUUAGGAAGAGAAGAGCAUAGAGGCAAACCUGUGUUGACAGUGUCAGGCACCCCAAGCUGGGGUUUCUUUCUUUUUUCUCCUUUUUUUUUUCUUCCUGCCUUUUCUUUGUUCCAGGCCUGAAAAAUAACACCCAAACAAAAAAAACCCAAAAAACCCCAAAACAAAAGGUUGGUGUGAUGGCUGCAGCCUGCAGAAUGAUGUGCAUGCUUGGUGUGUGUACUGUCCGCUCCUCAUGCAGUGGAGAUGGACUCCCCUCCUGUGCAGUGGAAGGUCUCAGCAUGCCUGUGCUAGGGCAGUGCUAAACCUGCCCAGUUUAGGCUUAGUUUUGAAGGCAUGUGGGUAAAAGGAAGUCAAGUGGAUGUCUCUUUUUUUUUAAUUAUUUUUUUUAUUUUUAGGGAUUCCCAUCAGGUGGGGAGAAACCAAGGCAGGGAGGCAACAGGCGAUGCUCUGCAUGGGCACAGCUUUCCUUAUGUGUGUUCUUGGCUGGCUGACUCAGGGUUUCCUGAGAACCUCUUUCAUUCAUCAUGCUUUCCUGCUGCUGGCCGGAGCGAGGAAUGUGGUGUUGCUUCCCAGGAGAGUGUUUGCCAAGGGUGUGCUCAAAUGCUUGCGUUUGCCUUCAGGUGGUUUGGAGCAAGCCAGCCACAGCUCCACUCAUCAGGGCACAGUGAGCAAGGGGCUCUGUUGCCAUCCCUGUGACCGCAGAGGACAGUUUUCUCUUUGUGGAGUGGGCAAGGAGUGUAGCAGGAUUGGGGGCUGCCCACUUGUAACCAUAGGUCUGUGUUUCGGUCUCUGUCACCUUUCCAGACCCUGUGUGACCUGGCCAGGGUGGUGCUGGCAGUGGCUGUGCAACCUCCUUGGAUGUUCUGCUGUCUGUCCCAGCCAUGUUGUAAAUAGAUAUUAAUCAUAUAUAUAAAAAUAUAUAUAAUUUUUUACAUGUUCA